CGUAAGCGAUCAGACCGGCUUUUACGAGCGGCUCGAUAUAGCUACGUUGUGUGUAACUAUUCAGUGUAUGGAACAAAAACGAAAGAACAAACGAACGAACGAACGAACUUGUGCUAAAGUGGCCACAUGUACAUUUCGAAACGUUAUUAGAAUAAAAUAAAUAAAGAAACAAGAUCUGCAUACGUAUCGAGUGUCGUCGAAAGUGUAGCUGUGUCAUAACAAACAUGGGACUGAAGGAUUUUCGAAUAAUCUACGAUAAUCAUUGGAACACUUAUUAUCCAGGACAAACAGUAAGCGGAAAUAUCAUUGUCGUAUUAGACAGCACAAAGAAGAUUCGUGGUAUAAGCGUGAAAGUAAAAGGUGUGGCGAAUACAUGUUGGACUACAGAUAAGCAAGAUAUGGAUGAGAGAGGACAAUAUAGAGAUGGGACUCAAACAGUCUCUGCUCAUGAAGAAUACUUCGAGACAAAAUAUUAUCUUGUUGGAUCGGCUUCCGGUGGUGAAAUCGAGAUACAAAGCGGGGAGCAUAAAUUUCCAUUUCAAUGUGUAUUACCGACAAAUUUACCUAGCAGUUUCGAAUCUGAUUUUGGACAUGUUCGAUAUACUGUUAAAGCAACUUUAGAUCGCCCUUGGAAGUUUGAUCAAGAAGUAAAGAGUCCCUUUACAGUGGUGUCACCUCUUGAUCUUAAUCAAGAAUCGAGAGCUUCGGAAAAAAUAGAAGAAGAAAUGAGCAAAACGUUUUGUUGUUUAUGUUGCGGAACGCCACCAUUAACUGUUAAUUAUUCAUUACCAGUUAGAGGAUAUGUACCAGGCCAAUCAAUGCCAAUAAAGGUGAACGUUGAAAAUCAUUCAGGAGUUACUGUAGAAACUAUAAAACUCAUUCUCUGUAAGAUGGUGACUUUUCGUGCUACAACACCGACUACUGAUACUAAAACGGAAGAGAUUGUGGUAGCAGAAGUUGGCAAAGGACCUAUUGAGGGAGGAGGAAUUGCAGAUUAUGAACAAAAACUAGAUAUUCCUCCAUUACCUCCGUCGAAUUUGACAAAUUGUGGAAUUAUUGAUCUAGAAUAUAAUCUUAAAGUUGUGGCAUGUGUCUCAGGAUGGUACUAUCGAAAUUUAUGGCAAAAUACACUUAUAUUCGUGGGUACUGUACCUUUGGUAAAUUAUCAAACUCCAAGUGCUCCCCCGAUCGAAGGAUAUCCUUCAGAAAUUGGAUGGACGACAUCUGGAAUUCCAAGCUCUGAUGGAACUGCAACGAAUUUAUAUCCUAAUUUACCUCCACCAUCAUAUGAAGAAUCAACUAAUGGUGCAAGAAGUUUAUGGGAGCGUGGCGAAUCUGAGCAUAUUUUCGGUAUAUCGAAUCGUUUUUCGCCUAAAUAUCCUGUUUUCAAUUUUGCAGCAGUUUAGUGAGUAAUAAGAAAAAGUAAUUUGGUGCUUUAUUUAAAAAGAGAAAAAUGAAAAUUUUAUAUGUAUCUCAGCACAGUCUGUAGAGCAUAUUUUAAGCUUUAAUUGAAAUUAAGGGCUCAUAAUGAUCGUAUGUAAUCAAGUUGAUAAUCUAAUUGUUAUGAAUGAAAUGAUGUCUUGAUUAUAUUUUUUUAAAAUAAAAUAAGUUUUUAAUAAGA